CGCUUCCCGCCGUCCAGGGGCACCAGUCAUGGGCGCCGCGGCCGCUGAGGCGCCGCUCCGGCUGCCUGCCGCGCCUCCGCUCGCCUUCUGCUGCUACACGUCGGUGCUUCUGCUCUUCGCCUUCUCUUUGCCCGGGAGCCGCGCGUCCAACCAGCCCCCGGGUGGUGGCGGCGGCGGCGGCGGCGGCGGGGACUGUCCCGGCGGCAAAGGCAAGAGCAUCAACUGCUCAGAAUUAAAUGUGAGGGAGUCUGACGUAAGAGUUUGUGAUGAGUCAUCAUGUAAAUACGGAGGAGUCUGUAAAGAAGAUGGAGAUGGUUUGAAAUGUGCAUGCCAAUUUCAGUGCCAUACAAAUUACAUUCCUGUCUGUGGAUCAAAUGGGGACACUUAUCAAAAUGAAUGCUUUCUCAGAAGGGCUGCUUGUAAGCACCAGAAAGAGAUAACAGUAGUAGCAAGAGGACCAUGCUACUCUGAUAAUGGAUCUGGAUCUGGAGAAGGAGAAGAGGAAGGGUCAGGGGCAGAAGUUCACAGAAAACACUCCAAGUGUGGACCCUGCAAAUAUAAAGCUGAAUGUGAUGAAGAUGCAGAAAAUGUUGGGUGUGUAUGUAAUAUAGAUUGCAGUGGAUACAGUUUUAAUCCUGUGUGUGCUUCUGAUGGGAGUUCCUAUAACAAUCCCUGUUUUGUUAGAGAAGCAUCUUGUAUAAAGCAAGAACAAAUUGAUAUAAGGCAUCUUGGUCAUUGCACAGAUACAGAUGACACUAGUUUGUUGGGAAAGAAAGAUGAUGGACUACAAUAUCGACCAGAUGUGAAAGAUGCUAGUGAUCAAAGAGAAGAUGUUUAUAUUGGAAACCACAUGCCUUGCCCUGAAAACCUCAAUGGUUACUGCAUCCAUGGAAAAUGUGAAUUCAUCUAUUCUACUCAGAAGGCUUCUUGUAGAUGUGAAUCUGGCUACACUGGACAGCACUGUGAAAAGACAGACUUUAGUAUUCUCUAUGUAGUGCCAAGUAGGCAAAAGCUCACUCAUGUUCUUAUUGCAGCAAUUAUUGGAGCUGUACAGAUCGCCAUCAUAGUAGCAAUUGUAAUGUGCAUAACAAGAAAAUGCCCCAAAAACAAUAGAGGACGUCGACAGAAGCAAAACCUAGGUCAUUUUACUUCAGAUACAUCAUCCAGAAUGGUUUAAACUGAUGACUUUUAUAUGUACACUGACCAUGUGAUGUACAUUUAUUAUGUCUUUUUUUAAAGAAUGGAAAUAUUUAUUUCAGAGGCCUUAUUUUUGGACAUUUUUAGUGUAGUACUGUUGGCUCGUAUGUAGAAUAUUCAGCUACGACAGUUUUGGACUGUUUAGUAGUCUUUGUUUUAUGUUUUUAAAUACAGAAAUUGCUUUCACAAAUUUGUACCACAUGGUAAUUCUAAGACUUGUUCUUUACCCACGGAAUGUAAUAUUUUUGCAAAGAUGGACUACUUCACAAAUGGUUAUAAAGUCAUAUCCACUUCUUCCACAAUGACCACAGCAAAUGACCAAGCAUGAACUAAAGGUAAAGAUGUUUACAGAUUACUUUUCUUACAAAAAAAAUCUAGAAGACACUGUGUUUAAAUAGAUAUUUAAAUGUUUUCGAGAUUUAGUAACUGAUUUUUUAGACACUGCCUAUUGCAUGAACUGUAAAGCUGUGUGUGUUAGGUGUAAAAUAUUUAUAAGAUAUAUGGACUGGGGAAUUUGAUUAUUCCUCGCUUUGAAAAAAUAAUUCUAAUAAUUUGGACAAGUAUGUUAGUAAUGAUGGAACAGAUCAAUGAAAAGUAGAUUUAGAUAUUGUGAAUAUAGGCUGUUUAACAGAUUGGAAUAAAGCCUACUCUACCAGUUAAACUACUUUAAUACACAUUCAUUUUUAAAGAAAAUACUUGUUUUAACAUAAAUAAACAAAUUGUAUCAGUGUUUGUGAAUAAAAUACAAAAAUGAUUGUUAAUGAUUGGUGCUCUUAAAGUGAGCUUAAAAUUUAUCCAAGACCUCUAUCCAAAUUUGUCCUGUAGUAAUAGAUUAAUAUUCAUAGAUUGUUGGUGUUUAAAGAUCUGAAGUGUGAGUAGAAUGUAUUCAGCUGUUUAACAUGUAGUUUAGAUAUUCAAAAGUAUGCAUGUAGAAUUUAAAGAAUAUGUUAAAAAUUAUUAAUUUUAAUAUUUUGUUUGGAAAAGCAUGUUAUAAUAUAAUGUUUUCACUA